AAUCAGGCGAAGAAGAAGACAAAAAUGAAAGUGGCGGUGUUUUGUAAUGACACAUGAAGUACAUACGGCUUCCUGGUGUGGUAACGUUGUAGCGGCAAGUAACAGUCUUUAUGUGCAACAGUGUUUGCUUGUGUGUGUGAGAGAGAGUUAUUAUUAUUUUGCGGAUCAUAAAGAUGACAGCGUCCUAUGUGGAUUAUACUAUCGGAGGGGUGAAAAUCCACUUCCCCUGCAAGGCGUAUCCAUCCCAGCUGGCCAUGAUGAAUUCAAUCUUACGAGGGCUGAACUACGGGCAGCAUUGUUUGCUGGAGAGUCCGACAGGAAGUGGGAAGAGUUUAGCUUUGCUGUGCUCGGCGCUGGGAUGGCAGCGGGCACAGUUGGAUAAAAUGCAAGGAGGAGGAUCUGAAGAUCAGAGCCAGGCUUGUAAAAUGUCUGGCGACAAUAAGAGGUCAAAUGUCAGCAUCCCAUGUGACUGUGUAUGCCAUAGCAAAGUCUCACCUGUCUCGAAGGUGACGCCAGUCAAGGCUGAUGUUAUUGAUUUGACUGCCUCACCCUCCAAAGAGACGUCACAGCAGCUGCAUGCAGGAUCACAAACCACGGAGUCACUUCCCAGAAAAACGUUUCUGGAUUCUCACCUGAGUGAGAACUCCCAGUUUUCCAUCCUUGCCGACCAGGAUGAUUUCCAGCCACAGAGGAAACGCAUUCGCACGGCUGAACCCAAGGGAGUGGUGUUUACCGAGGAGAUGCCAGAGAUGGCAAAUCCCUCUUCAGGUCCUCAGCACUGGACUCCAAAGGCAAAAAACCAUGGCGCUGAUUUGGCGUCUUCUUGCUCUUCCCCCGAAUGCCACCAGUGUCUGUGUGCUUCAGCCAAGGGAAAUCUGAAGGAUGAAAAUGGCAAAAAGAAGAUACCGAAGAUACCCAAGAUUUUCUUUGGCACGCGCACGCACAAACAGAUCACUCAGAUUGCCCAUGAGAUGAAGCGUACGGCGUACUCCACUACUCCGAUGACCAUAUUAUCCAGCAGAGAUCACACCUGCGUCAACCCUGCUGUGGCACCUCACGCCCACCGGAACGAACUCUGCAAAGAGCUACGAGAAGGCAAAGAUGGAAAGUCCUGCCGUUACUACCACGCCGUACAGAAAAUGAGCAACCAGAGCACACUCCAACUGGUCCACGGAAUGCAGGAAGCCUGGGACAUUGAGGACAUCGUCAUGCUGGGCAAACGGCUUCGUUCCUGUUCAUACUAUGCUGCUCGAGAACUCAUGCAAAGCUCCCGCAUCGUCUUCUGUCCAUAUAACUACCUGCUGGAUCCAAUGAUCCGAGAGAGCAUGGCGAUUGAUCUUUCAGGCCACAUCCUGGUUCUGGAUGAAGCCCAUAACAUUGAAGACUGUGCCAGGGAAUGUGCCAGCUACACACUAGACCACAAUAGUUUGCUGUUAUGCACGGAGGAGCUUGACGGCAUGGUCACCAACAACAUCCGCCGAUCACAGCACGAGCUUCUGAGGGACUUCUGCUAUUCCCUCACCAACUGGAUCCAGGAGAGCCAAAGCCUUUUGUCAGAUCGGGGAUAUGAAAAUGCUAGUAAGGUUUGGAGUGGAAAAGACAUACUGGCCAUUUUUCACGGCCGAGGUAUCACUCCUGACUCCUUCCGGAUGCUGCAGAAAACUCUGGAAGAAGUGCUGGAGAAGGAGGAGGAUGAUGGUAACGAGGACAGCAAGCAGGUCGCAACUAUCAGCUCUUCAGCAUCCACUGUCCUCAAAGGCCUCUUCAUGGUGCUGGACUUCCUCUACAGAGACAAGUCCAGGUAUUGUGAAGACUACAAAGUUGCACUCCAGAAGAACUAUGCUUGGGUGAGCAAGGCCCCACCCGACAAUCACGAUUCCAAGGGUUUCCUGGUCCUACCAAACAACAAACAUCGCCGGAAAAUCAAAAUGAAGACGGAAGUUCUGACUCUGAGCUUCUGGUGUCUCAACCCUGCUGUGGCUUUUUCCGACUUAAGUGGGAGAGUACACAGCAUUGUCCUGACAUCAGGGACGCUGUCACCUAUGGGAUCCUUCUCUUCGGAACUCGGGGUGAAAUUUUCUAUUCAACUGGAGGCCAGUCAUGUUAUCAACAAAUCUCAGGUUUGGGUUGGCACCGUUGGUGAAGGGCCUCAGGGCAGGAAGCUGUGUGCCACCUUCCAACAUACUGAAACCUUUGCCUUCCAAGAUGAGGUUGGUGCUCUGCUCCUGCAUGUGUGCCAAGUUGUGGCCAAAGGAGUUCUCUGCUUCUUGCCUUCCUACAAGAUGCUGGAUAAGUUGCGGGAUCGAUGGACCGCCACGGGUGUCUGGAAUAAACUUGAGCAACAGAAAAUGGUCAUAGCGGAGCCUCGUGGUGGCGGGAAGGGUGAUUUUGAUGAGCUACUUCAGAUCUACUACAGUGCUAUCAAAUCCAGCGAGGAAAGAGACGGUGCUCUCCUGAUGGCGGUGUGUCGGGGGAAAGUAAGCGAAGGACUCGACUUCACUGAUGACAAUGCCAGAGCCGUGGUCACCAUUGGGAUCCCCUUCCCUAACAUUAAAGACCUUCAGGUUGAACUGAAGAUGAAGUACAACGACCUGCACUGCAAGAGCAGAGGUCUUCUGCCAGGCAAUCGCUGGUAUGAGAUUCAGGCUUACCGAGCUCUAAACCAAGCCCUAGGAAGGUGUAUUCGUCACAGAAACGACUGGGGGGCCCUCAUUCUGGUGGACAGCCGUUACAAGAAUAAUCCCAACAAGUACAUCACAGGUCUGUCCAAAUGGGUGCGCCAGCUUGUCCACCAUCAUGACACCUUCAGCGGCGCCAUGCACUCCCUGGAAGCCUUCUCUCAGGCGCAACAGAGGUUGUCCCACUCGGACCACCAGCUCUCUGCCGUCUCCUCCCCAGGGAGCUCAUCGGGAAUAAAGGAGUUACCGGCUUCGUGGAAGACCUCGGAUCUCCUUGAUUCACCUCUCACACCAGCGAAAGCUGGACAGGAACCACCAGACUGGCAAAGGACAAUCCAUGCUGCCCUGGCAGUGCAACCUUUCCAACCUAAAACACCCAUCAACGACCUUCAUUUGACCUCAGACAAGCGAGAGAGGAGCGAGGAGCAUGUUCCUCAGUCAUCAGCUGAAGUCCCAUCGAGUCCAUCCAAAGGAGAAGAGCUUCAUCCUCAUUUGGAGCUUCCACAUUCAAACAAAGAAAGCGAAGAGGACCAAAGUGUCUUUUGUACCCCGGAGCUAUUUCACCAUGAGGAGGAGGAAACCGCUUCCUGUGAGGAUCCGUCACCUGCCAGGGCGACUUCUGAAGCGGAGAUCCAGGCCCAGCGGUCAGAAGAUCAUUGUGGUGGAACAAGUUUGAUGGAACAGCUGGACUUAUCGUGUCCCAGAGCAGGAGAACUGGUGAGAAACAAGAUCCGGCAGACGGAUAGUAAGCUUCGUAGGCUUUCCAGAAGAUAAGCGACAAGUGACAGCCUCAAAGUGUAGGCAGCUUUUCCUGCAGGAAAUGAUGGAAAUCGUGUUAUAUUUUAUUAUUUUUAUGUUGCAUUGGGUUACAUAUGCUCUUAGCCAAGUUUCAUAUGCACCAACUUCCACGACCCACAAGCCACAGUACAGCAUACUAUAAAUACUAUACAUACUAUACACGCUAUAUCAUAUGUUGGUUAGCCUUUAAGGAAAUGUUUGAUGCCAUAAUAAAGUACAGUUUU